GUCAGGAAGCCGGGCCACAGCCAUGCCUUUUAAAGAUACCCGGAAGACACCCGUGGAGCCAGAGGUGGCAAUUCACGGAAUCAGAAUUACGCUAACCAGCCGCAACGUCAAGUCCCUGGAGAAGGUGUGUGCUGACUUGAUCAGAGGCGCAAAGGAAAAGAAUCCCAAGGUGAAGGGGCCCGUGCAGAUGCCAACCAAGACGCUGAGAAUCACCACAAGGAAGACUCCCUGUGGGGACCGGUUCCAGAUGUGGAUCCACACGCAGCUCGUCGACCUGCACAGCCCUUCUGAGAUCGCCAAGCAGAUCACUUCCAUGAGCAUUGAGCUGGGGGUAGAGGUCGAGGUCACCAUUGCAGAUGCGUAAAUCAGGCUUUUUAAUAAAUUGGCUAUCAGUUUAAAAAAAAA